AUGGGUGAAGUAAGCUUCCCGUUAGCUGGUACAACAUCUCCUUCACACUUGACACAAGCUAAUGUAAUCACCCUCCAAAGCCAGCUGUAUAAACUUUGUUUGUCUUCCCAACAUCAAGUAAAAGGUGAAUCACUGAUUGAACAUGCUAAACCUCUGGAAAAUAAGGGACAAGAACAAAAUAACCUUUCUCUCCUGCAGCCUUAUCUGCAGUCCACCCAUAUGUGUCAGACAGAGGAUGAUAUAGGAAUCAAAGAAAUGAAAAUGUAUGAAGCAAGAAAAGAGGAGAAGAAGGAAGGAAAUAAGAAUGUGCAAGAUAAGCUGAAUGAGGCUGAAGAGGCAGGGGAUAAGAGAAAAAGUGAAAUGGAUCUCAAUGACAACAAUAAUGUGGUUGUGCAGAAGGCUGAAAAGGAGAAAAAUGAAAAAACGAAUGAACCUGACAGUGGAGAAGUUUUACAGGUUGCUAACACCGAUGAUGAGAUAGUGCUGGAAAAUCACAAAGAGAAUUUGAAUAAGAAUAAUAAUAACAAUUAUGUAGCAGUCUCAUAUCUGAAUAAUUGCAGGCAGAAGACAUCUAUUUUAGAAUUUCCUAAUCUAUUACCACUGUCGAAUGACACUGCAAGUGAAUACCAAAUUAAAAAGUUAGAAAAUGCGUCUAGAAUUUCUGAGUUACUUGGGAUAUUUGAAUCUGAAAAGAUAUAUUCAAGGAAUGUACUCGCGCUGGCCCUCCAGAAACAGACUGACAGAGAGACUGCUGGCAGUCCUGUGCAGUCUGCUCCUACCCCAGGCCAGCAGAGGCGCUUAACUGCAAAGGGGAAAAGUUCAAGGGUCUCUUCUGAUGCAAAUCUCUUAAAUAUUAAAGGCAACCAUUCACAUAACAAGAAUUUACACUUUUUCUUUUCUAACACUGUGAAAAUCACUGCUUUUUCCAAGAAAAAUGACAACAUUUUUGAGCGUGAUUUAAUAGAUUCUGUGGAUCAACUGAAAAACAUGCCCUGUUUGUAUUUAAGGGAAUUUGGAAAGAAGGCUAAUCGUUGGCAUGGGGAAGCAGUGGCGGCAACCCACAGUAAUGGAAACACAAGUUUUGACGCUCCGAGCCAUGAGUGUACAGCACAGCCGCAGCUCUCCAGCUCGGAGGGCCAGUCUGAACAGCUGACAGUGGAAGAGCAGAUUAAAAGGAACAGGUGCUAUAGUGACAUGGAAUGAAACAGCACUGGCCCUUUGCCAUCCAUACUCAGGUUCAGAGAGACACUGGCGUUCUGAAAUAAGACUGGCUAGACUUUUGGAAAACUUGUUGUAAACACAAUGUUCAAAAAUCUCAUGUUUCACAAUGGAAUAUUUCUUGUAUUACACUUCAUAACUUUUUUUCAUAAUUCAUUUGACUCUAUGUUCUGAAUGGAAUGAAGAGAUAAAGCAAUAUGGCUAUGUUUUCCUCUCAAAUGCCACUUUCGUAUAUCGCUCUGAUUUCCUCUGUCAUAUCAUGGGUGAGAGUCUAUACUGCUGAGAUUUAUCACAAUUCCUCUACCUUCUCUACAAUUUCUGCUGAAAUAAAACUGAAUCACCUGGGGUGCAAACCAA